UGCGCCAAUGCAGUGAUAAAUACCGGUGGUAAACAUCAACUGUUUGGGAUGUAAAGUUGCUGUUUUCUGUGGUUUUCGAUCAAGAAUGACGUUGGUUUAAAGUUAUCCCCCGCAAGCAUCAUAAUGGAGGUGGUGGAUAACAACAGUGACAUCAGCCCUAGCAGAGAGGGGGCCGGGGGUGCCUCACGGUGGGGCUCCGUUACCUCUGUCAUGGACCGUGGGGAUGCCCCUGCGCAGGUGGUCAUUGAGAAGAACCUGAAGGCCCGAUCUGAACGGCGCGUGGAAGAGACUAAGGAACAGCUAGAGAAGAUCACAACCAGAGUUGAGCAGGCUAUGGCAGCAUUUGAACUAGACGAGAAGCUGAUGAGUGACAACAAAGCUGCCUUCUUUGUCCCUGAUUUGAUCGAGCUUGAGAAGAUCAUCAAGGAUACGAUACAGAAGAGGAAAUACCAACAGGAGGUGACCAUCUUCAUCGUGGGUUAUGAGAGCAAGUCUGGACAGAGACUCAAACUGCUGUCUCAGAUUAAUGAUUUCUUUUCUGCGUAUAUCAACACCAUUGAAGAGGAAGAGUUAAUACACAAACCAGCCAACGAGAAUGAAAUGGACGAGAUCUCCAGCAGAGUCCAAGAAGCGUUGGACACUGCCGCCAGCGCUGCUCAGAGGCUGAACGAUAUCGGCCACGAUAUGUUCAACAUCGUGGAGAAGCUACACGGAGGCAAGGCCGCAUCCAAGAGCAAGAAGAAGUUGGAGAAGGCCCUGAUGCAAGCCAAGGAUGACAUUAUGAACCUAACGGAGAAGCUGAUGGGAGCACAGACAGAAAUUGAAGAGAAAGAGGAUCAGAUGACGAGGCUGUACAAGCAGAUUGAUGUCAAGAACCUGGAAGUCAUGAAAUACAAGAAUAAUGCUGAAACAGCCAAGAAAAAUCUUGGGCAAGUGGACGAUCUCAAGCUGCAAAUCCGGGAGAAAGAAGAAGAGAUAGAGAAACUGCAUCGCACGAUGGCAGAUCGCGAUCUCACCAACCAACAGAUGGAACAGUCCAGAGAGGCUACGGUGGUCAAACUACGAGCCGCUAACGAAGACAAUGAGAGGAAACAACAAAGUAUUGACAAACUCCAGUCCAAGAUUACAACGCUACAGGUGCAACUUGAUGAAUCUAGAAACGAUUUGCAAAGGCAUCAUGAGUCGACUAUUGUCUCCCUCAAACAUCAGCACAAUGCAGAGAUUGAAGCAGUGAAGGCAGAGUAUCAGGAAAAAAUUGACAAAUUAGAGGAGGAGUUGCAGAACAAAGUCAAGCACUGGGCACCAGACUCGGACGACGAAUCAGAGAAACCGAGCAUUAGCCGGAAAUCCAGCCAACUGGACUUGGCCAGCCGGAAAUCCAACCGGCCGGAGUACGAGAGUAAAAUGUCGCAGACAGAGGGUCUAGAAUUGCCUGCGCCCUCCAGGGGAGUAUCAUCACUAUCAGAUACGGAGUCUAUCAGCGUGCCACCAAGCCGACAGGUAUCUAAUGUACAGAAGAAACUGGAGUCCUUAAGUCGGCAGAGCAGUACAUCGGCAGCUACCCCAACCCAAGAAACACCCAAACCAGCCCCUAAGCAGACUCCAGAAACUCCCAAAAUACAGAAAGCUGAGACACCCAAGACAUCCAAACCAAACAAUACAAAAGCCCUGUCGUCGGAUAGCACAGACUCUGCCUCCAACGUGGCCACCCCGAAGCGAGGCCCUCGCAACAAGUCCAACCUGGAACCGGUCCAUGAGGUGCCAUUCGAGGAGAAGAUUCCCAUCGAGGAUGAGGCGAGAUGGGACAAGGUGCCGCAGGAGAAACUGCCGUCUGCCUUCAAGCAGUAUAGGAAAGAGGCGCUGUUCGUCGUUCAAGGCCUUCAGAACGAGGUCAAGACGGUCAAGGAAGACAGCCACAAGAAGGUGACCCUGCUGACGUCACAGGUCAAGGAGACCGAGGAGCGAUUGGAAGCGGAGAAACAUCUGUUGGUCCAGAAAGUUGAGCUGGUGGAGAAACAGAAGACGGAGGCGGAGAAAGAGGCGGACGAAGCCAUGGCUCAGCUGGAGAACUUCGUCAAGGAGCAAGGCCAAAUGGCAAAAAUUAAAGAGGAAGAAAACAAAGAAAAGAAACUGAAGAAACUGACACCAGAGCAACGUCUCAAGUACUUUGGGCCAGAGAAGUCCAUCCUGUCAGUAGACAACAAGGAGACGUCGAAAGGAGCUACACAGAACGGCUCGUCGGGAGACUCAAGUAACCAGGAGCCACAACAGCAGCAUGUCCAAGAAGGGGAGGAGCCUCAGAAAGAGGCCCCUCCCACAAGCGACGAGGGCCUGGCCUCCGAGGCCAUCGAUCACGAAAUGCAGACCACCCCGGUCGUCCAAGUGGGACGCUCCCAGCAGACUUCUCGCGUGGAGUCGCGCGGGCACCAAGAUUUAGUUGACCGCUUGAUGUCCACCGGUCGUCUUAAGAGUCGUCAGAAAGUCGAAAAGCCUCCCGCAGAUCUCGACGCAGACCCAAAAGUAGAGGAGGUAACUAACCAUUGCACCUCUCCCCAACAGCAGAGGGAUCUUGUUGAUACCACGACCCAAACAGAUCCCUGGGUACCAGACCCAAAACCCUCCCCUCUCCCCAAAUCCAUCCCUCGUCAAACCCACGCCACUUCCCCUGAAGAAGGAGUCGAGGAGAGGGAGGAUUCGCGACAGAGUGCCCCGCCCCUCAGUAGGGAGUCGGACUUUGAUGCCGACGUGGAGUCGGACGCGUUCAGCGAGCGCUCGCUGGCCAAUCAUUUGAGCCGCGUCUUGGCUGAUCUGACUCUGUCCGAUGAAGGCGAGGAUGAUGAAGAGCGCCCUCAAUCCUCCGCAAGUCAGCGUUCACUGUACGAGAAGUAUCGCGCCCAGCUGGAGCAGAAGAAAGCGGAGAUUGUGGUGAGACGGUCCCGGGCCACCUCCAUGCAUGGUUCCCUAUUGAGUGCCAAGAGCGAGAGACAGGGUAUAAGACCGAGGAGCAAUCUGACCACUCCAAAUGGGGAUAUUCCAUUUCCUGAUGAGGCCUCAAAGCACCGCAGCUCCAUGAGCUAUUACCGCGAGCGCAGCUCGCUGCAGUUUCACAGCAUAGCGCCCUCGUUGUCCAACGAGUCCGGCGUGACAUCCAUGCACGAAGACGAAGACGAGGGACGGGAGGUGAUGGAGGAUGAGGCCACGGUCUUGGUUUCUGUGCCGGCCAGUAGGGCUAGAGAGUUCCUGCAUGUUGACAAAAUGGACACAGCUACGUCGCCUGUUGCCUUCUCUAUCUCCAGCAAAACAUCAAAGCUGUCCGUUGAGUCUAUAGCUGAUCAUCCUGUGGUGCAGGAUUACCUCCGUGCCUAUCAGAUUGUCAUGGACUUCAAAGACUCUCUCAUCACCGUACUCCGAGAUAAAGAAUUAAUGUCAGCUGCAGAGAGGCUUGCCGACAUCGGUCAGUUGACCUUUGACCGCAACUUGAAUGUCCAGAACCAGGUGUACGAGAUGACCACCAAUGUGAUGAGCUUUCUGAAGGAGGCGGCUAGCAUCAUCAACAGCUACUUGUACAAUGACAUGGAGCCUGCAGUAUCCUCCUUGAUCGUCAACCAGGGCGACGCCUCCAAGACAGCCAGCCUGAUGAAAGAAGCCACUGAAGAUAAGCUCAUGACGGAGCCAGCGUCUACCGUCGAGAUGACGGCAGUCACGGAUCCAGAAAUCAGGGAACUCAGAGAAAACUAUGAAAAUAUGAAAUUUAGUCUUGAACGGCAGAAGAAAGAUUAUGAGGAUAAACUAAACAACAAUGCUGUUAUGAUGAUGGACUUGCAAGACACGAUACAAGAGCUUCAACACGAGCUCUCAGCCUUCGGAGGCUCCCCUACAAAACCCUUCUCAGCCGUGUCCGGCAUGUCCGGCGGUUACGGCCAGAACACAGAGCCAACAGUCAUCUUCUCAAGGACGGACUCAGAACGCAACCAGAAGGCGCUGAAGAGAGCUGUCAACGCACGCAAGUUGGAGCAGCAGCGAUAUAGUGAAGUUGUGCAUGCCAUGGAUGAGUACACUGUCCUGCCAGCUAAACGUCUAGUCCACCUGGCCAAGAAAUAUACGCAUCAUAUGCAUAUGAAGGAGAUUGAAGAGAAUGUGAGACAGAGCAACUCAUUAGACGAGGAAGUCUAUGCGUUACUGGAGAGGAUGGAGGCAUUGCAGAGCCUGAGAGCUCAGCGUUGGGGAGAGCAGAUGGAUAAUUUAUCCUCGGAGCGCCUCCACCUAGCCCACAUGUUGAUGGAGGCGUUACAGAGAGUAGAGGAAGAAUCAGGCAUCUUCAUGAUCAAGCCGAUACUGUCAUGGAAAGGAAGGAACCAGAUUCCACACUACCAGCAGAGCCGGAUCAGCGACAACUACCGGCCCAAGCCCUACCUGAAACCCAUCACCCCGCUGCGUGACGGUACCCCGCUCAACAUGGUGCCUGCACCCACCCCUGCCUCACAACACCCAGUCAAGAGUGCUCUGAUGAGACCCCCAACACAGGAGGCCAGCGCUACCAACGAGCCCAUCCCCCAGGACCAGCCCAGCGAGGUCCCUGUCCAGGGCUCCAGUGUGCACCUCGUGGGUCCCCAGUCCCAGCCCAUGUGGGCCAUGUCCACGUCGUUUGCCCCACUGGGCGGGGCCGGGGACACGGCCAGGGAUCGGUUAUCCAUGGUGACCACGCCCAGGAUCUUAGAACUGGACGUGAACCGGAUGCUGAUUGGUCAGAAUACUGUCAGUGCCCUGACGAAGCCGUUUCCACCCAGCAACGACCGGUUAGUCAACGCAUCCAAUGCCAGCGUACGAUCCUACAUGAGUAUAGACCGGCCCUCGGCCCAUCCUGGUCAAAUCAACAGACAAGGCAGACCCAACUCAACAGGCACGGAAGGCUCCCGGUCCUCCCCAGCCGUCCUAGCCGUCAAGACCCCGAACAGCGCCGGCUCCCGUCACAGCCGAGCUCUGAGCGAGGGCGCCCUUUCCCUCAGCCAGCCCCUCCCCCCAAUCAAGGUACCUCCUAACAACACCCCCGAGGAUGGGCUCCGGGGUCAGAGUUCAGAGGUCAACAGCAGACCGGGAACAACAGGGUCAAGAAAAGAUGUUUCGCGUCCAGUCACCCACCCCUCCCCACCCCGCACCCCUCCCGGUUCCUCCAUCCGGCAAUCCCCGCCCCUCAUGAACACCAUCGAGGUGGAAGACGAGGACGAUGACGCGACAUCACUCGGUCACGUGACCAAGAUCUCCAUGCGCUCUGUGUCACGGUCAACGGAACGCAGCUUCACACCGGAGAGGGAAACUUGAAGGUUUACGUCCGUUUCAGACUAGUGAUCCAGAGCUGCAUGGAAGCAAAUCAUAUUAGGAGUGUCUCAAGUCUAACCAGAGUGAUUUGGGUUGCUGACAGAGGUAUUUAUUUUUUGUCAGUGACAGAUCUCGAGGAGUCAUCCGAAAAGUUGCUGUUUUGCCCGUAGUUGCUCCAAAUUGUUUCAAACGUUGACCUUAAUUCAAAUUUAAGAAAUAGUUUGGUUCCCUGCGACUCUGGAACACUAGUCUGAAAGAGGUCUUGCUUGCCUUCUCUGAAGGUGGUACGCUCUGGUUUUGUCUUUGGGAAAUUGUUAAGCCCAAACUUCGGAAACUUGCACUAUAUGAGCUCCAUGUAAUGAGUCACUUUAGCCCUUCAUUCAUUCAAUGGUAAAGAUGCAUCACCCGUGCUCUUCAAAAAAAGGAUAUUUUUUUCUCUUAAAUCAAUUUUUAAGUGCCUCAUUUUUUUUCCAGUCGAUUUCUUAUUCAAACAUGAAUAACUUGCUAAAAAAAUAUCAAUUUAGAAAAUGAAUCAACUUUUCAGGAGAAAACUUGGAAAAUAGCACGGGGAAUGCAUCUAUUAAAGUCUGCAAAAGGCAAACACAUCAAUAAACUUAAACAAAAUGACCUAAUACCUUAAGAAGUCAUGACUCUGACAGGCUUCGUUUUGGUCAAGCUUUUUAUUGUCAUUCUCUGAGUAGAUAAUUUUACUUAAUUAAUAAACAGAUGUAAAUUUGCAUGUUCGUUGCUUACACACAUCCACUUUUAUAAGCCAGUGAUGUUAUUUUUUUUGCCCAAGACGUCAAAUCAAGUGUUUAAAACAGGAGAUUGUGGUUUCGAGUCUUUGCAAGGCAGACCUUUUUUUUCCGAAGAUAAGAUAAGCAACGAGCAUGCUGCAAAAAUGAACUGCAUAAAUGGAGAGCGAAUGCUUGAUUAUAUAGUUUAUAUAUCAUCCAGACGGAAUAUGAUAGAAUUUGUUCGGUGAGUUUGGGUCAUUGGUGCCGUUCAAAAGAUGUCUUUGUGUAUUUUAGAAUUUAACGAUUUAUCCAGGGUCCCUAGGGAGAGAAGUUUUAUAUUCAUUCAUAUUUAUUUCCACUUAAUCAUUUUGAAGGGAAACAGUUUAAACAAUAAUUUAGAUAACAGGAUAAGAUUAAGCGGUGGGCUUCUCCAAAAAGCAAGCUUGUCAAGUGGAGAAGUCCAUUAUGCGUAGAAAAAAAUAUAUAUUAAAUACAUUUGUUCCUUUAACUUAACUACACAAUGAAGUACACUUUAAGUUACACAAACACACAUAUACAAGGGACCAACACAAACAGGACAAGACAAAACAAAUCAAGUACAAUCAGAGCCUACAUGGGAAAUCAUAAGAAGAAUAUGUUCACAGCAAAUAAUAAGUAAAACUAAAAUUAAGCAUUAAAUUCUUAGAUAACUGAUGGGGCUACCCUGGUUAAAAAAAAAAGGAACGUCAAUCAUUCAAUGUCUAUUAAGUUGGAUUGAACACCAAAUUGCAACUCAGUUCUCUGCAGUAUUGUUCUCGUCAAAGUGGGUAUUUCUUGUACCAUGAUUAUAAAACCUACUUGGUUUGAAAACUUACUUGUUAAUAUUGUACUAUAACUCAAGAAAGCUUUAAAAAAACCACCUUAUUUCCGUCCAUUUAAUAAUAUUCUAUUCCACUCACUGUGUAUAAGCAACACUUAUUUUUUUAUAAUGCAAAAUAAUUUACUGGAACAUUCUUGUAUAUAAAUUCUGUCAUCUUAAAACCUCCUGAUACAUAUUGUGAAAUAUUUUAUAUCUAUGUAUAUUUUGUUUGGAUCGAUGACACGUUGUAAUUAAAGUGAACAGAAACUAAGUUUGUCGUUCUGGACUGAAAAA